UUAUUAGCUGAAGAGGUUCGGUGUCGGUAGCACGCAGUUCUGCGCUAAGUAGCCCCAUUAGACACUUGUUAUCACGUAAUUAUCAUGCUCCUCUGAGUGCCGUGUAGUCUGUGUCAGUGCGGUGGACAUGUGGUGUGAGUUUCGCCGACGGGAGGUGACGAUGGGCUGCUGAACAACUGCGACCAUGAUGCCUCUGGCACCGACUCCCAUCGUGGCGGUGCCGUCCAAGCCCAAGAUCGGUUUCUCCAUCGACUCCAUCGUGGGCCAGAGCCCCCAACACUCGCCGGUGCACUUCUCCGAGGGCUCGGCGCCGCUGUCUCCGGGUAGUGACGAUCAGCGCGCGAACGGCUCCUCGUCGCCGCCGCGUUCUCCUCCCGCCUCGCCCAAGCAACCCAUCAUGGUGCCGGGCAUCCCGGCGCACUCGCUGGUGCGGCCGAGCCCCACGUACGACCCCAACCUAGUGCCCAAGAACGGAUUCCUGCAGCCGGAGAUGGUGCACAACCACCAACAACACCCCUUCGCGCUCGCGGCGCACUUCCAGGGGGCGGCGCUCGCCGCCGCUCUCACCUCGGGUCAGCACGGCUUCCCGCAGCCGUCACCGCUGGCCACGCACCAGCCGAGGGACAGCUACCCGCUGUACCCGUGGCUGCUGUCCAGGCACGGAAGGAUCUUCCCCCACAGGUUCCCGGGAGGACCGGACAUACCGGGCUUCCUCCUCCAGCCCUUCAGGAAACCAAAGAGAAUACGGACGGCGUUCAGUCCGUCGCAGCUGCUCAAACUAGAGCACGCUUUCGAGAAGAACCACUACGUAGUAGGUGCCGAACGGAAGCAACUAGCACAAUCGUUAUCACUGACGGAAACUCAGGUUAAGGUGUGGUUCCAGAACCGGAGGACCAAGCACAAGCGGAUGCAGCAGGAGGAAGAGGCGAAGACGAGUCAAGGCGGGAACAAAUCCGGUUCGCAAGGCUCACAACAGAACAACAGUCAUCACGUGAACAAGUGGAAGCAGGAGACGUCCGAUGACAGUCAGUACGGAGAGUAUAUCGACAUGGACAUGGACGAGGAAUGUGUGAGUGAUGUAGAAAGUGAGACAUAGACGCCCUGUAUAAACUUGUAUAUAGUCUGUGUGCAAAUCAAGACGAUGAUAGUGCCAACAUUUACGUGCCAAACUGUUUUCGUUAGUGCCAACGUUGCAAAUUGGUAGCCUCUGAGAGUAGAUCCCAGUGUACAUACGGUCAUAUUAUUUAUUUCUGUCUUGCUACAUUUUGUAUUUAUUUUUGUUUGUGUAAAUAUAGUAUUGUGAAUAUCGAAGUUUAUUGAAGAAUGCAGCAUUUUUAGUUUUCUGUGAUUAUCAUGUUUUUAUUUCCACAUAUCUAACGAUUUUUUACAGAAUGUGUGUAUAAAUAGACGUUUGUUGAAAAAAUUUUUUACUUGUACAUUUUGGGCCCGAUUUUCAAUUUUUAGCGAAAUCAGAUUUUGACGAAAAUUGAAAUCUGGCCGAUAGUAAUCAGGCGCGGAUACAGGAUUUCGUUUAGGGGGGAGGCAAUUUUUGUGCGAUUUUACCUAUCUCCCAGGAAUUCGUUCCAAACAAAAAAACUUUUAUAAAAUUUUAGCUAGUAUACUCUUUUUCACAUAACAUGGGUGACAUUUGGUUGUUUUCGUUACACGUAUAGUACAGUAGAACCUCGAUAAUCCUAAUUAAUUAGGAAAAAGGUGUGUUCGGAUUAACGAUUUGUUCGGAUCACCGAUUAUUUCGCAAAAAUCUGAAAGGGAAUUGAACAACAACUUCAUACACAACUGAAAACAAACUUCAAGAAAUAAACCUAAAUUUUAUUAAACAAAAUUAAAGAAUUCUUAAGCAACAAUGGAUAAUCGAUACAUUCUAAAAAAAUAUUACUCCGGUACCAUAAACACGCUAUCUUUUUGGAAUCAACACGCCGGGAUCUAUACCCUGAAUUUUUUCAGAAUUUUUAGAUAAAUUUUUCAUUCGCGACGAUUUUCGAAAUUUAACUAAAUAAAUACAUUUUCUUGUAGAUUUUGGGCCUCAGAAGUCACUUCUGGCUUCAUUUCUUCGAUAACUUAAACCAUUUUUCCAGAAUCGUCCCCUUGAAAUAUCGCAAUUUUUAAAAAUUUCGAAAAAUUCGAAUUUUCCAGCGAAGAUAUGGCUGUGUUGUUUUUGUAAUAAUUUGAUAAAAUUCCAUUUGACAACAAUGUUUGCAUGAUAUAAAGCGAAGGUGGAUUUCAGUCACCAUCGUUACUAAGAAACCAGAAAGUAAGCCGGAGGUAUUCGCGCAUUAGGUGUGUGCAGUGUUGCCAAUUUUACUUUUAUUAAAUUACGUUUUUUUCGUAAUCUACAUCAUAAAGAAUUUUCUUAUUAUUUUUUUGGGACUUCCGAAACCCCCGUAUAUAGCGUACUGAAGAGUUAACCGCCAUUUUCCAGACACGCGGUAUAUCCCUGAACUUUUUCAGAAUUUUUAGGAAACUUUUUCAAAAAUGAAAUUUUUCUCAUGCAAAUUUCGACCCAUUUUCGACAAUUUUCGAAAUUUAACCAAAUACUUUCUCUUGUAGAUUUCGGGUCCCAUUUCUCUGAUAACUUCAACCUUUUUUCCAGAAUUAGUUAAUUAAUUCAGUGCACUGAAAUAUUUUGAAAUUUUUAAAAAUCUUCAACUUAUCUCUGUUCGGAUUACUGGAUGUUCAGAUAAUCGUGAGUUCGGAUUAUAGAGGUUGUACUGUAUUUACAAAAUAAAAUGCGAUUUCAAAAUUUUGAAAUUGGUCAAAAUAAAGUACUUCGGUAGGGUCUCAGGGGGGGAAUUGCACCCAUUGUCCCCCCCCUCCCUGGAACCGCGCCUGCUCCCCUGGAUCCGCGCCUGAUAGUAACUGUAGAAAAAAAUAUGUUGAGUAUGAUGUACUUAAAAACUUGUAAAGCACACGAAAUAUACCUAAAAGAAAUUUUAUCAAA